AUGUCCAUGGUCCUGUAUGAUGGACCAGGUUGCAACAGCAAAGAAGACACGUACGCGCAUAGUUUUGUGCUGCGCCACGGUCUUACAUGUGAGCCCCUGAAUGGCAUAUUUGUCACUGUGGAGUACAACCCUCGCAUCCGCAACAACAUGGGUGGAGAUUUCUUUGAAGUUGCGAAGAUUCUCAAGAAAGAAGCCUACGACCACAUUGUGGUCUUAGUGACAAAGAUGGACCAGUUCCAUCCUGACACCAAGUUCCCUACACGCGAAAGCAUGGAAGCUCACAUCCGGAAGAGCUUCCAUGUUGACUAUGGCAUGAAUCAGGUUGUGUUCUCCGACGUGACGUCGACAGCCCGCAAGCUGUUUCAUGACAUGAGGAAGGCAAUUGCCCAACUUUCGAAGGUGCAGCUGCGCUACGCCGACGAGGAAUUUUUGGAGCAUUUCGACCUGAAAGCAUGGAAAGGCCGUGAGCAGUUUGAUUUGCACCGCCUGAAGAAGCAGAUCGAGAAGUUGUGUGCAGAAUUUGAGGAGGGGCUUCGUCAUUUGGUUGCCACUCAACAGAAGCUCUCGCCUCAGGAAGUUCAGGAUUACAUUUACGCGAUCAUCCAGCAGAAUCGCAUGGAGCUGGAGGAAAAGGUAUACCAGCCCUUCCUGCAUCGCAACGGCGAGGAUGAGAUUGCCUUUGAUGACUACGCGGCCAGUAUCGAGUUGCAGAAGCUGAUUCACCGUUCGCACUCUGAUUUCCGCAACGAAGCCAAAAAGUACUUGUUGGUGAACCCCGACAACACCAACGACUGGCGCAAUGCGAUCCGCCGCUGCCAGCACUGUUGUGAAGUUUGGGUGAAGGUGGAAGGCUGCGACGGGGCGACAACAUGCGGAGCUCGCCCCAGCCAGAUUGACCCAUCAUCUGCAGCUUAUUACAGAUUGCUCUGGGAGAGAGUUGAGGGGAAAUUGCGUCCUGGCAAGUUCUUGAUGAAACCUGAAACCAGGAACACCAAGAAGGUCGACACCCCGCGCAACCUCAAACCAAUUGGCUGCGGCAAAAGCAUCCAGGUGGACCAGGCAGUUGUUCCGCCGUGUCAGCUGGACUGCCUUUUCAGCACCCAGGAGUUGGAAAACAUUUUGAGCUCUUUCAAGAUGGACAAGCAGUUUCGGAUGCUGAAAAAGCGAAAGGAGAAGGCGAUCCAACCUUUCGGAGAGUUAGAUGAGACCGGUCGUGACAAGAAGCAGGGCUAUGCUGUGCAUGCUGACGCUGACAUGACAGUAGGUGUUCCUGAUGCUGCAAGCUACUAA